AUGUUGUGUGCCGAACCGCAGCAGGUCUGUCCAAGACGCUUCGGGCUCAACUAUGACCCGCCAGCGAUCAUUCUGGAGUACCUGGAGGUCAAAACCGGCAAGCUAUUCCACCGCAAGGUCGCGCUCAAAAGGCUACGGGCCUCGGCGGACCCAGCAAGAGUGGCAGAAAAGUUGCGCCAGAAGAACCGGCCGCUGCUUACUGAGGACAGCGGUGUCUGCUUUGAUCAGAUCGUUUCCCUCGCCGCUGCCCGAGAGAAUCCUGCUGUGCUAGGCGCUUGUGCUGAAUCUGACAUCGCUUGCAUGCCUGCAGAAUCUGCAGAGGUCAAGCAUCUGAUGACGCGGCAACGCGGCAUGCUCAGCUGCGUAGACGAACAUUCGAGGGCUUUGCUGCAACGCCAAGUCCCGCAGAAUGCUCAAGAUGAUGGGGCACUGCCAAUGGCUCUCAUUCGGGUGACCUUCGGAGAUGGCUUCGAGCGUGGGGAAAAUGAGCCCUGCAGCAGCUUCGAUCGGCUCAUACCGGACACCGUGGAGCUUGGGGAGCUCAAGUCCGAUUCGGCUCUCGAUGCGAUUGCUUUGUGCCUUGGCUUUCUUAGAGUUGGCCGCGCCUUUCGCCGUGCGUGGCAGCUGCUGGAAGCAGAGCUUCGGCAGGCGCAGCCGGCCGCCGCUCGGCUACCUGAGAUGCUGGCGAAGGGCUCCAAGCUGAGAGAGGUCGUUCAGACGAUGAUGCAUGACUCUGGCUAUGCAGGCGUCGAUGCUCAGAAUCUGGCCGUCUUUGCCGUCUGGCCGACCUGCCCGUCCUGCGAUGAAGCCGCCGCGAUGACCUUUGGCCGUGAUGUUAGCAGCUUGAUCCAGUUUGGUGGACCCUGCAGUUUGGAGGACUCCGGCGGCCGGGUGAUCUAUCAGCUCGGGGGCAAAGCCCAAUGUGGCAACUGCUGGUUGAAGCAGCAGAGCAGCUGA